GGGUGAAACUCGACUUAGUUCAAUACCGGACGCCGAGGCGUUCGGUCCGUCUGAAACGUUUGAGAUUUCUACUCGGACGGGACGAAUUACAGAUUACAUUUGAGACACGCGUUUUAUUCGUCUGUGCGCGACAGAAAGUCAAACCGAAUUUUGAAAUAUAAUAAAGUAACUUCGUUGCUGGUUGUUCGCGAUAUGCGUAUUUUUAAAAUAUUUCUAGACUCGCGCAUCCCCUUCUGGUAUAUACGCAAACAGAAAAAAAGAGAACUGUUUCACCGUUGUUCCUCGUCGCGGAAAGAGAAACGGAGGUUGUUGCAGUUGAAAUUCAAAGGACAUUGGCAUUUUACCGUGAGGCCAGUCGAGAAAAGAAAAUUAGAAGAACAGAAGAAAAAUUGUCUCUUUCGGUCUCGAUCUCUCUUUGUUAAAGUCUGUUAAACGUAGGGCUACGAUAAUAAGAGAGUAUAACGCGAAGAUACGAAAAGAAGGCGAAUACGGAGACAAAUAGAUACGGGUCAAUAGGUUAGCUGCUGAGGAAAAAAGCGAGCAGCGAGUAAGCUACGGGGCGAAAACGGUAAACAGGGUGGUUACAGGCCCAUGGCCGGGAACUCUUUUCGCCGGCUUUGGUCGUGGAUCUCGAUCAUGAUCCUGCCCGGAUGUUUGUUUUCUUUGAAUGGUGAACAAGUUCCAUGCGUUCCUUAUUUGUCGGAUACGAUCGACGAGAAUUACAACGAUAGCAAAGCGGAAGUAAUGCUCUUCUUAAGAGAAGAUUGCAACAGCGAGACGAAUACCAGCGAUAUGGCCACGGAUAUUCAAGACUAUUUCGAUCGAUUUAAUUUCGACGUGCAGAUCACCGUUAUACCCUUAUCGCUGUCGUGCGAAACGAAAACUUGGGGUCUCGACGCUCUGUUACGUGUACUUGGUGAAAGAAGAGCAAAAGCUCUCGUAGCCGCUCUCGACUCACCUAUGUGCGAAGUUACCGUUAAACUCGCGCAUCUCUGGAACAUGCCGUUGUUCACAUGGACUUGUCCUUUGAAAGACUCGGAGGAAAGGCAAGUUUCAUCGAUCGUUAGGCUGUCGCCGUCGUUACCUAUGAUAGCGAAAGCCCUCGCGGAGAUGCUGAUACACUUACAAUGGAAAACCGUAGCGAUAAUAGGAACAGAUCACGAGCCAUGGAUGAGUCUCGAAAGAGCAUUGUUGAACUCUUUGCAAAGUAUCGGAGCUGUAGUACGACGACGCGCGGUAUUACCACGGCGAGCUUCUUUCGAACAAAUUCGAAAAAUUCUUCGCACCGUUUACAAGGUUUCUCGCAGAGUUACGGUGUUAUGUCUACCCACAUCCGACGAAGACGGAUUAAUAACUCGUGUCCUCUCCGAGAUAGAUAACGUACAGCAAACCUCUAAUUCCAUGUGGGACUCUAUGACCGUGAUUGUUCAUACGGAAGACGAUGACCUCUUUCUACCAGCCGGAAACACUUCGAUUUCUUAUUUCGAUUCAGCAACGUCCAACGUUUCGCUGGCGACUCUAACACCCUUGAAUCUCUCUGACUCUGCCUUGAACGUGUCCUAUGAAACGACAUUCGACGACUACGAUGACAGCGUAGCGGUAGCAGACACGUUGGAGGAAGCGGAAGAGCAAGAAACCAGACAACGACCAUGGAAUAAAUCAAAAACAAGUAACCGAUUCCACCCGCCAAGAAACUUGAGCUCAACUUUUCUAGAAAGAUUGAUCACGAUAACACCCCUCGAUUACAGAUAUGACGUAGAAAAAGUAUUCGAGGGCGUAGAACGAUAUAUGGUACCGACGUUGAUGGACCGUUUGAACGAAACUCUUAAUAUCUUAAUGAACGACAAUUCUAGUAUAAAUGCAUUCAAUAACAAGAUCUACACGUACGUUAUGCUGGACUGGCGUGUUGACGCCUGGAAACCUAUAAUGAUCACCGUGGAAGGACGUGAAAAAUUGUUUGUUCGAAAGUUAUCGACGAAUGCGGUGGCAUUUCGUAAUAUGAACGACACUGAUCUUCCGAGAUGCAACAUCGAUGUCAACGGGAUUCCCUUUAUCGAUUGUACAGAGAAUACUUCCGACGAAUCAGCAUUGCGUAUCGCACAUAUCGUGACCAUCAUCCUGGGGUCGCUCUUACUAACUGUGUUCGCAAUAUCGGUCGCAAUCUUGAUUAGAAAGAAGUUGCUUAAGAAGAGAAUGUCCAAGGGUACGUACAAGAUCAUUUUAACCACGUCGGAUUUCGUAUUUCCUCAAGUGCCUCAAGUAGAUUCCAGAAGGGUGGACGAGGGUAUCGAGAGAAUGUUAUGCUGUUGGUUGCAACAACUGCAAGAGUUUGGUGGACCCGAAGUAGAAAAGCCAGAUCUACUUCAACUAGGUAGCGUAUCUUCCCUGAAACCAUGUUUACGAACUAGCACAGGAAAUCUGACGCGUCAUAAUUUCUUGAAGGAUCCUCGUGCAAGAUACAACGGUGACUUUGUGCAACUGAAAGAACUACCAACUCAGGGUACGUUUGAACUGAAAAGCAAAACUAUGGAUGUAUUGGCCAUGAUUCAUGGUCUGCGUCAUGAGAAUCUCAAUCCUCUGAUAGGAUGUUUGAACGAACCGACAAGACCGUGCCUUGUUUACGAAUAUUGUUCAAGAGGAUCGUUGGAAGACGUACUGGUGCAGGACGAGAUCAAGCUCGAUUGGUCCUUCAGAUUGUCGUUCCUCACCGAUCUUGUGCGGGGCAUGAGAUAUCUUCAUGGUACACCAGUGCGUGUACACGGUUAUCUUACUUCGCGAAAUUGCGUCAUCGAUGCUCGCUGGGUUCUCAAGGUAACCGAUUAUGGACUGCCUGUUUUUCACGAAGCACAAAAUAUCGUUCCUCCGGCAAAAACCGCUAGGGAUCUUUUGUGGACGGCACCCGAACUAUUAAGGCAACCAAAUCUUCGAAAGAAGGGAACGCAAGCCGGAGAUGUUUACAGUUUUGGUAUUAUUAUGCAGGAAGUGGUAGUCCGCGGAGAACCAUUUUGCAUGCUCGCUUUGUCCCCGGAAGAUAUCAUCGAGAAAGUGAUGAAACCACCGCCACUGAUUCGGCCGUCCGUAAGCAAAGGUGCCGCACCACCGGAGGCGAUAAAUAUCAUGCGUCAAUGUUGGGCAGAAGCAGCGGACAUGAGACCCGAUUUUAACGAUGUUCACGAUCUCUUCAAGAAGCUUAAUCAUGGAAGAAAAGUCAAUAUCGUCGAUACGAUGUUUCAAAUGUUGGAAAAGUAUUCGAACAAUCUGGAAGAGCUAAUACGCGAGCGCACCGAACAACUCGACAUGGAAAAGAAGAAAACGGAACAGCUAUUGAAUCGAAUGUUACCCAGCUCUGUUGCUGAGAAAUUGAAGCUGGGCAUGCCCGUUGAUCCUGAAGAAUUCCGUGAAGUAACAAUCUAUUUCUCGGACAUUGUUGGCUUCACGACCAUCUCUGCACACUCGACCCCGUUCCAAGUAGUCGAUCUUUUGAACGACUUGUAUACCUGCUUCGAUGCCACGAUCAACGCAUAUACCGUAUAUAAGGUGGAAACUAUAGGAGACGCUUACAUGGUCGUAGGUGGCUGUCCGGUAAGAAUACCAGACCAUGCUUCUCAAAUAGCUACCAUGGCCCUCGAUUUACUGCACCAAAGCGGAAAAUUCAAGUUGAAACAUCUGCCAAAUACGCAACUGAGACUUCGAAUUGGCCUUCAUACCGGUCCCUGUUGCGCCGGUGUUAUUGGCCUGACUAUGCCAAGAUACUGCCUUUUCGGUGAUACCGUUAAUACCGCAUCGAGGAUGGAGUCUACCGGUGCACCAUGGCGUAUCCACCUCAGCCAAGUGACAAGAGAUCGACUGAUUCAGGCGGGUGGAUAUCAGAUCGAAUACCGUGGACGGACAGAAGUUAAAGGCAAGGGAAAAAUGCCUACUUAUUGGUUACUAGGGAAACAAGGCUUCGAUAAGGAACUUCCAAAACCACCCACGCUCGGGGAAAACCAUGGGCUGAACGAGAGUCUAAUAUUUGAGAGCUCGAUGAACGAAGAAAGCAUCGUAUCGGCAGACGGCACGCCUAUAUCCAUGGCUUUGUCUUGCGAAGAUACAAAGGAGGAGGACGAACGCAAAAACCAUAACGAAUGUCGCAACGUAAACGUCGACGAUGUCGAUACAGCCAGAAAUAUCGAUAAAAAUGCAGAGACGUGUAAAGUUGCAGUGUCUGUGCACGAUAAACAAGUUCAGGAUUCAAGUUCUUCCUCGAAACCAGCGCCAGUUUUACCGUCGAAGACAAAACCGGACGAAAAAGAGAACGACGACGCGAAUCCAGCUACCGUCGUCAAAACUACCAGCGAUACUCAAGCGGCUCUAGGAACAUCUGCUAUAUUUUGUACGGAAACAGCCGUUCUUGGCGCAUCUACCACUUCCCUUACGUCGAUUUCAAGCUCGGCUACGGUCCCUUAUAGACCGGGACCGCCAAGACAUCGAAGAAUAGCUGGUUAUAUCGAUGAGAACGACUUGAGCACGCCAUACAAUCAUUACAGAUGUCUGUCUCCGAACGAACAUUAUGGAAGAAGUACAGGUUGUCGUUUCUUGAAGAGGCAGUUCAGUCUGGAUCGGCCCGAUGAAACCGCCUGCCUUGGUUUUACCGAACCGGCCAAUUAUCAGCCGCAGCUUCAACACCAUCAUUAUCAGCAACAGCAACAAAACACGAAUACGGCACCAACAAGACUGUACAAACAAAACAGCGCGGGCGCAGCGAACGACUUGGAACGUAUCGAAGAGGUUCCAUCUACUCCGGCACCUCUUCUUCAUCACUACAGACAAACCGCAUCCGUUUCUCUCUCUGUCGAGUCUUUAACGCUUCGUUGAUAAAUGUUCCACUUUAGUUGGUCAAAAUGUCGAUCAGUGAGCACCUGCGACUAAAAUCUCACAAAAAAAUAUGACAAUCGUCACGAAUAUUCGUGAGUCAUCGGAUAUGCUGUAUAAACGAUAUUACAUUUUUAAAAUGAUAAAAGAACAGUCGUGUCGGUCAUCGUGAAAAUGAGAAAUUGUAUCGGUCCUCUUAGAAUUCUUUCUUACAAUUUUACGAUACUGAUAAUAGAUCGACGUUUGAUCUAUGAUCGAUCGCUGAUUACGGUCGUCGAGUAUAGAGAAAAGUUUAUACCCAUUAUCGCGGAUGACAAUCUCCGUUACAUAGAGACACGCGUAUGUGUAUAUGCAGGCUUCGCGUUGUGUUCUUCGCAUAGGAAACAUGUACAAACUCUGUAAUUCUGCGUUUCUUCCGAUCCGUAUUUCCUCGGUCGUUUCGCUUCCUAAGAAUGAAUACGAAUCGCCAAUAGUAUACAGAACGUUUAUAAAAACGUUGAACGCUGAUUACAGGAUCGAUUCCGUUGUGGAUGAAAGUUGAUGCGUAAAAACGACGAGGCUUCUUUUCCAAGUUAUAAAUAAUUUAAUCUUGCGCUGCGAAUUGCGUUUGUACACGCGCAACCCACCUUAUGCCAGUGCAAGUAAAUACUUACUUGCACGUUCGAUCGAGCGACAGGGAACCGUAUCACGAUGUCACUUGCCAAGCAGGGCGCCUCGACGAAAAAUAUUCAAGGCACAUAAUCGUAUCAGUUCAGAUACGAUCGACUGACGAAACGAAAUUUUAAUGCAAUGCACACGCAACGGUGCGUAUAUCGUUGUAAAAAAAAAUUGAAGAAGA